CUGGUUGGGCUGCUGGGGGAGGGUUUGGUAACCGCGGUGCCCGUGGACAUACAGACUUCUCCUCAGUAGCAGCAUCCGCCAUCUUAAUUCCGCACCGGGUACCGGGCACAGCGAGCCCACCGUAAUACGGGCAGUCGGUGUCGCGGCUUGGAAUCCUUUCUGAAUACGCCCAGCGGGAGAGCGAGCGCAUUCACACCGAAGGCGGGCGUACGAGAUGCUGGGGAUGUGGCGGGUUCCGCCGGCCUCCCUGCUGCUCAUCACAGGGCUGCUGUGCGGGGUCUGGGCCGCCAGAGGUAAUAAGCACAAGCCGUGGAUUGAAACCACUUACCACGGGAUUGUAACGGAAAACGAUAACGCGGUCUUGCUGGAUCCUCCGCUGAUCGCGCUGGAUAAGGACGCUCCGCUGCGCUACGCAGAGAGUUUUGAGGUGACAGUCACCAAAGAAGGUGAGAUCUGUGGCUUUAAGAUACACGACCAAGAUGUCCCCUUCGAGGCAGUGGUGCUGGACAAAUCCACGGGAGAGGGGCUGAUUCGCUCGACGGAGAAGCUGGACUGUGAGCUACAGAAAGACUACACGUUCACCAUUCAAGCCUACGACUGCGGCAAGGGGCCAGACGGCUCAAACACAAAAAGAUCCCACAAGGCGACCGUGCACAUCCAAGUGAACGACGUUAAUGAGUACGCACCCGUCUUCAAGGAGAAGUCGUACAAAGCCACGGUGAUCGAGGGGAAGAAAUACGAUAAUAUUUUAAAGGUGGAAGCCGUGGACGCCGACUGCUCCCCCCAGUUCAGCCAGAUCUGCAGCUACGAGAUAGUGACCCCCGAUGUUCCCUUCACCAUCGACAAAGACGGUUACAUCAAGAACACAGAAAAACUGAAUUAUGGGAAAGAACGCCAGUACAAACUCGCGGUUACCGCCUACGACUGCGGAAAGAAAAGGGCCGCAGAAGAUAUCCUGGUUAAAAUCAGCAUUAAGCCGACCUGCAAGGCCAGCUGGCAAGGCUGGAGUAAAAGAAUAGAGUAUGAGCCCGGUACCGGUUCUUUGGCUUUGUUUCCGGGAAUACACUUGGAGACUUGCGAUGAACCAAUUACGUCCAUCCAAGCCAACGUGCAGCUGGAAACCAGCCACAUCGGCAAAGGCUGCGACCGAGACACCUACUCAGAGAAAUCAAUUCACCGAUUAUGCGGCGCGUCUUCCAACACUGCAGAGCUGCUGCCUCCACCCAGUAGCGCCACCAACUGGACUGUGGGACUUCCCACAGAUAACGGCCAUGACAGCGACCAGGUAUUUGAAUUCAACGGGACGCAGGCCGUGAAGAUCCCCGACGGCGUGGUGACCGUGGACCUGAAAGAACCGUUCGUCAUAUCGGUGUGGAUGAGACACGGGCCGGGCGGCCGAGAAAAAGAAACCAUUUUGUGUAAUUCUGACAAGACGGAAAUGAACCGUCACCAUUACUCGCUGUACAUAAACAACUGCAAACUGGGCUUUCUGUUCCGCCAAGAGCCCUCGGAGGAGAAGACUUACAAGCCGGCGGAAUUCCACUGGAAACUGGACCAGGCGUGCGAUAAGGAAUGGCAUCACUACGUCCUCACCGUGGAAUUCCCUACCGUCACGCUGUACGUGGAUGGGGUCACCUAUGAUCCUUUCACUGUGACGGAAGAUUACCCUCUGCACCCGGCCCAGAUCGAUACCCAGCUGGUGGUGGGUGCUUGCUGGCAAGAGUAUUCGGGAGGUGGAAAUGUCACUGACCCAGCGGCGGAGAGCGAUGCAGGCGGCGAGCUCCACAUGGCCCAAUUCUUCCGGGGAAAUCUGGCAGGGUUAAUGAUCCGUUCCGGCAGAUUGGAAAGCAAGAAGGUGAUCGAUUGCUUGUAUACCUGCAAGGAAGGGCUGGAGUUCCAGCCGGCAGAUAACAUCGGGAAAGGCAUGAAGAUCAACCUGAGCCCCAACCAGUCCACGCUGACCCUGGAAGGAGACGACAUCGACCGCUUCGACCAGGCGAUGCAGCACAUCUCCUACCUGAACUCCCGCCAGUUCCCGACUCCUGGGAUCCGGCGUCUUAAGAUCACCACCUCUGUGAAAUGCUUCAACGAAGAGACGUGCCUCACAAUCCCGGAUGUUGAUGGGUACGUCAUGGUGCUUCAGCCCGAAGAGCCCAAGAUCAGCGUCAGCGGCAUCGAUCACUUCGCCCGAUCCGCUUCGGAGUUUGAGAGCAGCGAGGGGGUCGCCCUGUUCCCCGAACUCCGUAUCAUCAGCACGAUCACGAGGGAAGUGGAGCCGGAGGAAGAUGAAGACGAAGAUCCCACUGUUCAGGAAUCCCUGGUUUCUGAGGAAAUCAUGCAUAACUUGGACACUUGCGAGGUCAGCGUGGUGGGAGAAGAGCUGAACCCGGAUCAGGAGAGUCUGCAAGUAGAUUUGACCCACCUGCAGCAGAAGGGCUUGGAGACGAGCAGCUCCAACCUCGGCAUGGUCAUCACGGGUGUUGACACAAUGGUGAACUACGAGGAGGUUCUGCAUCUGAUCCGCUACAGAAACUGGAACACAGCCUCCCUCUUCGACCGGAAGUUCAAGCUGGCGUGCUCCGAGCUGAACGGGCGCUACAACAGCAACGAGUUCCAGGUGGAGGUGAAUGUCAUCCAUACGGCCAGCCCGGCAGAGGCACCCAACCACAUCGUAGCCCAGCCUCAGUUUGUCCAUCCGGUCCACCGAUCUUUCUCUGACCUCUCUGGGCACAACCUACCGAGUCCUCACGCGACAUCAGUUGUCCCCAGCGCGGCCACCAUUGUUAUCGUGGUGUGCGUCAGCUUCUUGGUCUUCAUGAUCAUCCUGGGAGUUUUCCGAAUCCGCGCCGCGCACCAGCGGACAGUGAGGGACCAGGAAGGAGGCAAGGAGAACGAGAUGGACUGGGACGACUCCGCUCUGACCAUCACCGUCAACCCCAUGGAGACCUAUGAAGACCAGCACAGCAGCGAGGAGGAGGAAGAGGAGGAUGACGAUGAGGAGGAGAGCGAGGAUGGCGAGGAAGAUGACAUCACCAGCGCCGAUUCAGAAAGCAGCGAGGAAGAGGAUGGAGAGCCCGAGGAGGACCAGCAGAACGUCAACCGGCAGCAGCAGCUCGAGUGGGACGACUCCACUCUCACCUACUGAUUGCCAACACCACCCAUCACCCCAAGUCACACUCAACCCCCCCCCACAAGCCCACCAUGAACAAUACCAUUCCAGACACACGGAUAUGUGCGUGCCUCCUCUCUGCCCCCUGGUGACCGGGGACGUGUAACACGAAGCUUGUUCCAUUCUGCACUUUCUGCCGGCGCUCCCUCCGACACCCCCGACGGUCGGGACGCGGCCACCUCUGGACCUCUUACUUCAUUCCUUAUUUCGCUUCCGGACGAUGCAAACAUUUCAGUUGGUGGUGGGGGGGCGGCACACGGACUCCGAAAGGACCAGUGAUUUUAUUGUUUUUAGUUGAUUUUUUCUGAAUUAGUGCAUGUUGAAAAA